AAAAUUUACCUUUUUCGCGGUGAUAUCACAACAUUAGAAAUUGAUGCUAUCGUCAAUGCAGCUAAUUCGUCACUCUUAGGCGGUGGUGGAGUUGAUGGAGCUAUCCAUCGUGCCGCCGGUCGUGAACUUGCUGAUGAAUGCUAUCGACUAAAUGGCUGUGAACCUGGCAAUGCCAAAAUUACUAAAGGUUACCGUUUACCGGCCAAACACGUUAUUCAUACUGUAGGGCCAAUUGGUCAAGAACCAAAGACUCUGACUAGCUGUUAUAAUCGUUGUUUAGAAUUGGCAAAAGUUCAUCAAAUUCGUUCUGUGGCUUUCUGCUGUAUCUCGACUGGUAUUUACGGUUAUCCGAAUGAUGCAGCUGCACAUGUUGCUUUAGAAACCAUCAGAAAGUGGCUAGAUAAGGACGAUAAUUUCGAUGCUGUCGAUAGCAUCAUUUUUUGUGUUUUUUUAAGUCAAGAUGAUGCAAUUUAUAGAAAAUUACUAGGUUCUUACUUCCCUUUCAAUAAGAGACAAGAACCCAUAAAUUUAAUAGGUUAG